CACCAUCACGCCGGUGGUGGGGAAGAAGCGGAAGCGCAACGCCUCCUCCGACAACUCGGACGCCGAGGUGAUGCCGGCGCAGUCGCCGCGGGAAGAAGAAGAAACCAGCGUGCAGAAGCGGCGCUCGAAUCGGCAAGUCAAACGCAAGAAAUACACCGAAGACCUGGACAUCAAGAUCACCGAUGACGAGGAAGAUGAAGAGCUGGACGUGACGGGGCCGGUCCGACCCGAGCAGCCCCCGGUCCCGCAGCCCCCAGCCCCGGAACCGGAGCCGGAGGGCGAGACGUUGCCCUCCAUGCCGGUUUUUCUGGAAAACCCCAGCGAGGAGGACGCGGCCAUCGUGGACAAGGUCCUCUCCAUGAGGGUGGUGAAGAAAGAGAACUGCAUUUUGGCCGACGAGAUGGGUUUGGGCAAGACCAUCCAGUCCAUCGCCUUCCUGCAGGAGGUCUACAACGUCGGCAUCCGCGGUCCUUUCUUGGUCAUCGCCCCGCUCUCCACCAUCACCAACUGGGAGCGGGAGUUCAAUACCUGGACGGAGAUGAACAGCAUCGUUUAUCACGGCAGCUUGGCCUCCCGGCAGAUGAUCCAGCAGUACGAGAUGUACUGCAAGGACUCGCGGGGUCGUCUCAUCCCCGGGGCCUACAAGUUUGACGCCCUCAUCACCACCUUCGAGAUGAUCCUCUCCGACUGCCCCGAGCUGCGGGAGAUCGAGUGGCGUUGCGUCAUCAUCGACGAGGCCCACCGCCUGAAGAACCGCAACUGCAAGCUGCUCGACAGCCUCAAGCACAUGGACCUGGAACACAAAGUCCUCUUGACGGGCACCCCGCUCCAAAACACGGUGGAAGAGCUCUUCAGCCUCCUGCACUUCCUGGAGCCCUCCCAGUUCCCUUCUGAAGCAGAGUUCCUCAAGGAUUUUGGGGAUCUCAAGACGGAGGAGCAGGUUCAGAAGCUCCAGGCCAUCCUCAAGCCCAUGAUGCUCCGUCGGCUGAAGGAGGACGUGGAAAAGAACCUGGCGCCCAAACAGGAGACGAUCAUCGAGGUGGAGUUGACCAACAUUCAGAAGAAAUAUUACCGGGCCAUCUUGGAGAAGAACUUCUCCUUCCUCUCCAAAGGCGCUGGUCACACCAACAUGCCCAACCUCCUCAACACCAUGAUGGAGCUGCGCAAGUGCUGCAACCACCCCUACCUCAUCAACGGCGCGGAGGAGAAGAUCUUGGCCGAAUUUCGGGAGUCUUGCCACCACCACGUCCCCCACGACUUCCACCUCCAGGCCAUGGUCCGCUCGGCCGGCAAGCUGGUGCUCAUCGACAAGCUGCUGCCCAAGCUGAAGGCCGGCGGCCACAAGGUGCUCAUCUUCUCCCAGAUGGUGCGAUGCCUCGACAUCUUGGAGGACUACCUCAUCCAGAAGAGGUACCUCUACGAGCGGAUCGAUGGACGGGUACGGGGCAACCUACGGCAAGCCGCCAUCGACCGCUUCAGCAAGCCCGACUCGGAUCGCUUCGUCUUCCUCCUCUGCACGCGGGCGGGUGGCUUGGGCAUCAACCUCACCGCCGCCGACACCUGCAUCAUCUUCGAUUCCGAUUGGAACCCCCAAAACGACCUCCAGGCUCAAGCGCGGUGCCACCGGAUCGGGCAGAGCAAGGCGGUGAAGGUCUACCGCCUCAUCACGCGGAACUCCUACGAGCGGGAGAUGUUCGACAAGGCCAGCCUCAAGUUGGGGCUUGACAAGGCGGUGCUGCAGUCCAUGAGCGGGCGGGAGGGCAACAUCGCGGGGAUCCAGCAGUUCUCCAAAAAGGAGAUCGAGGACCUGCUGCGCAAGGGGGCCUACGCGGCCAUCAUGGAAGAGGACGACGAAGGCUCCAAGUUCUGCGAGGAGGACAUAGACCAGAUCCUGCUGCGCCGCACCACCACCAUCACCAUCGAGAGCGAGGGGAAGGGUUCCACCUUCGCCAAGGCGAGCUUCGUGGCCUCCGAAAACCGCACCGACAUCGCCUUGGAUGACCCCAACUUCUGGCAGAAGUGGGCCAAGAAAGCCGACCUGGACUUGGACCUGCUGAACAGCAAGAACAACCUGGUGAUCGACACGCCGCGGGUGCGCAAGCAGACACGGCACUUCAGCACGCUUCGGGACGACGACCUGGUGGAGUUCUCGGACCUGGAGAGCGAGGAUGAGGAGAGGCCUCGGUCCCGUCGCCACGACCGGCACCACCACGCCUUGCACCACGCCUACGGCCGCACCGACUGCUUCCGCGUGGAGAAGCACCUCCUGGUCUACGGCUGGGGCCGAUGGCGGGAGAUCCUCUCCCACGGGCGGUUCAAGCGACGUCUCUCGGAGCGAGACGUGGAGACCAUCUGCCGGGCCAUCCUGGUCUACUGUCUCCUCCACUACCGAGGCGACGAGAACAUCAAAGGCUUCAUCUGGGACCUCAUCAGCCCCACCGAAAACGGCAAGGCCAAGGAGCUCCAAAACCACUCGGGUCUUUCCAUCCCGGUUCCUCGAGGUCGUAAGGGGAAGAAGGUCAAGUCCCAAAGCACCUUCGACGUCCACAAAGCCGAGUGGAUCCGCAAGUACAACCCCGACACCCUCUUCCAAGACGAGAGCUACAAGAAGCACCUCAAGCACCAGUGCAACAAGGUUCUGCUGAGGGUGCGGAUGCUCUACUACCUGCGGCAGGAGGUGAUCGGGGACCAGGCGGAGAAGGUGCUGGCGGGGGCGGUGGCCAGGUGA